AUGUCCGAAAAUGAGUCGCACACUUCCUUUUUGGAAACAUGCUUUGGAUUCCGGAAGGCGGCGCAGAACUUUACCAAGCUUCGUCCCGAUCUUUCUCUAGGGGAUCCCACGGUGUGCUUCCCCGGCUUUCGCCAGCAUGUCACCAUAUUCAAGGCAGGACAACAGAUACAGAAAGACGCAAAGCGCUUGCCUGUCGACCUUGUUAUGCAUGAGAGAGUUCCUGUGAUCUUUUGUCAGAUGACACCAAGCUGUAUUACAAUGAGCCCAAAUGGCAAGAAACUUGGCACGACUGUCCUUGAAGAUUUCCCAUUCCGCGCCCUAGUCCCCAAGCAUUGGCUUCUCGGCCCCGAUACUGCAUUCUGGUACGCCAAAGGAUAUGCCAUAGUAAAUGUUGAUACCCGAGGGGCAUAUACGUCGGAGGGAGAACUUAUUAUUAUGGGACACCAAGAAGCUCAAAAUGAGCAGCCUUGGUGCAACGGUAAAGUUGGUCUUACUGGCAAUAGCUGGUUAGCGCUGUCACAAUGGAAAAUAGGGAGCCUGCGGCCUAAAGGCCUGGCUGCUUUUGCACCUUGGGAAGGAAUUCAAGACAUUCAUCGUGAUAUACUUUGCCAGGGAGGAACGAACCCUAUCAACACAUCCGGCACAUUGCGAGCAGACCGGGCUAUAGCAGAGUCCGUCCCGAAAUUGCUUCUCAUGUAUGACUCACGGGAAUGGCCAGACUAUUAUGCUGGCUCCAGCUGCCGUGGCCUAAAGCGGUUUUUUAAUUGCUUCCUGAAAGGUCAUCGUGAUAAUGGCUGGUUGGUGACACCUAAAAUCCGGCUAAGUAUCUUAAAUCUCGGGCUAUCGGGACUGGAUAGUACGGUCAAUAGAUCGGAGUUGGAAUGGCCACUUGCACGGACAGUGUAUACAAAUGGAAGUAUCAAAUUCCGAUAUCAUGUACCAGCAGAUAUGGAGACAACGGGCCAUUUUACAACUCGUCUCGCAGUAUUGUGUCCAUCUAACGCUGGCAUGGAUUUGUUUAUCCAAGUAUGUCGUCUUCGAGGACCGUCUUUUUACAAGCAGGGUGUCCUAACUAUCAGAUUACAAAACACAGUCGUGCUGAGGUUGUUGAAGCUGUUGCAUGAUUGGCAAAUUGGUCUGCAAAAUGUUGGUAUGCUCUUUCGUUGGAGAUCCAAUGAACAGCUGCGAGUUAGUCAUGCUCACAAAAAGAGCACAUUUGCUGCACCUCUUGAGCCAGUCUAUAAUCACGUUAGCGAAAUACCCUUGGAAAAGGAAGAAAUUCGAGUUGUGGAGGUUCCUCUGCGCCCAAGUGGCAUUCCACAGAAAGAUGACAUUAUGGAAUUGACAUCUCCGGGAAUCUGUGUGCCAACUUUACAGGGCGAGGAUGUCGGCAACCACGUUAUUCACUGUCUUGAUCGGGAACAUUGCUCUUGCCUUGUUAUACCGUGUGCCUGA